AUGGACUCCAGAGCACCCCAGGAUUCGGCAGGUUUGCACCAUGGCUCUGCCACGACUGCUCCAGCUGAGCUGCCUCCGUCGGGCCCGGUCUACAAGGUCUACAAGCGGCGGUUCUGGGGACUGGCGCAGCUGGUGCUGUUGAACAUUGUCGUUAGUUGGGAUUGGUUAACCUUUUCCUCGAUAUCAACUACUGCGGCUGAGCAUUUCCGCGUUUCUGAGAGCGCCAUCAAUUGGAUGAGCACUGGUUAUCUCUUCGCUUUUUGUGUCGCCAGCCCAGUCGUGAUCUUCACUCUCAAUAAAGGUGGCCCUAAACCCGCCAUCAUCACCACUUCAACUCUCCUCCUCGUCGGCAAUUGGAUUCGAUAUGCAGGGACCAAAGCGAGAGGAGGCAUCUUCGGUGUCGCCAUGUUUGGUCAGAUCCUCAUCGGACUCGCGCAGCCAUUCUGUCUGAGCGCUCCAACGCGAUACAGCGACCUCUGGUUUUCUGACCAGGGCCGGACCAGCGCAACGGCCGUAGCCACCCUUGCCAAUCCGUUGGGUGCAGCUUUGGGAGAGCUGAUUGACUCUUUCUGGGCGACCAAACCAAGCGAAGUCCCGAACAUGGUUCUGUACAUCUCUAUCAUCGCAACGGUAGCAGCACUUCCCUCAUUCUUCAUUCCCUCCCAACCCCCGACGCCUCCAAGCGCUUCAUCUGCGAGCACCAACGCCUCCACACCGCUCCUCCCAGCUAUAAGCCAACUCCUCAAAACCCUCGAGUUCUACCUCAUCCUAAUCCCCUUCUCCAUAUACGUCGGCUUCUUCAACAGCGUGUCCUCGCUCCUCAACCAAAUCCUCGAACCCUACUCAUACACCGAAACCGAAGCCGGCAUUGCAGGAGGCCUUCUAAUCAUCGUUGGCCUCAUCGCCUCAGCCAUCAUCUCCCCCCUCACAGACCGCUACAAGCACUACCUCGCCACCAUCCGCACACUUGUCCCCAUCGUAGCAAUCACCUAUAUCGCCCUGAUCUUCGCCCCGCCCAGCCCCGCCGGCAUCGCACCAUCAUAUGUCGUGUGCUCCCUCCUCGGCGCGUCAUCCUUCGCCCUCCUCCCCGUCGUUCUAGAGUACCUGGUCGAAAUCACGUACCCUUUCUCCCCGGAGAUAGGAAGCACGAUCUGCUGGACGGGUGGGCAGUUAUUGGGCGCGAUAUUUAUUCUAGUUCAGGAUGCAUUGAAGGCCGGAGAGGACGCUUCCCCGCCGGUCAAUAUGCAAAAUGCGUUGAUUUUCUCUGCUGUCGUGGCGGUCGUGGCUGCACCGUGGCCGCUUUGCAUUGGCUGUUUUGGUCGUGAUGUGAGGAGACGGAGAUUGGAUGUUGAUCGAGGCGUGGAGCUGGGCCAGGAGGAGGAGGCUGCUGAGGUGCAGGGUGAUGAUGAUGCGGAGCGUAGAGCUGGAGCUGGGGAGGAUGAUACUAAGAAAGGAUUCUUGGGGUUGAGUGUGGCGUGGAGGAAGUAA